GUUUUAGUGCAAGAGAGCAACUGUUAAACAGUCGCAACGUUAGAAAGAGGAAGCAACAUGAAGAUGCACUUUUCAACGAUGGUGAUAUUAGCAGGUUGCAUAAUAUGUGGAGGCAUGACUGAUAUCUCAUCCACCAAACCACCAUCGGAAUUAUCUACAAAUGCAGCAACAUCGUUGGCAUCGACAGAGUCUCAUUUAUCGACAUCACUUCUGGUGUCAAACCCAGCAUCAGCCGAUGCCAUUGUGGGACAAACAACAAAUGAAUCUACUACGGUUGGCGAUAAUAAAACAACUGAAAUGCCAUCAACAGUGAAUUCCACCACAACCACUUCAAACUCAACUUCAGCCCCAUCGAAUUCAACUAACAGCGAUAAUUCUACCUCUUCAGCAAUUACGAUCACCAGCUCACCCAAUGCGACCAAUGCAUCGACCACACUCGCAUUGAGUCCUGUGACUGAAACUCAAAGCAUGAACACUGAAAGUUCUGCUGUCACUAUGGCAAGACAAUCUUCCACGAAUCUUACCUCGAAUACGACUACGCAAUCUACUGUACGAGUUACUACUAGUGUCAAAAGUACAACUAGGCCUACUACAAUGAAGACUACAAUCAAACUGGUGUCCUAUACUUCUAAAAAGUCAGCAUCAACUAAGCCGCCAUCGUCAACCAAAAACCCAUUAACAACCGAAAGGCAACCAAAAAACACUGUAAAGAAGGAUUCAGACGCCCUGAGCUCAGGAAGUGUAGCUGCCAUCGUCAUUGGCUUCAUUGUCAUUGUACUAAUCUUACUUGGUGGAGCAUACUACUUCAAAAUGCGACGGACUGCUUAUGGACGCCUUUUGGAUGACACCGAUCACAGCUCAAUGGGGAAUUUUCUCAACCCAAUGUAUGAUGGCUAAAUGGGGAAGUAUUUAUGUGUAAACAACUGACUAAUUACAUUCCGAGAAAGAACCCACAUUUCUUAAGAAAUGACAUCAGAUUCUGUGUUAUACCCCCAACAUAUCCACUUCAGACUGAAUAUAGAUAAAUACACUGAUCAGAACCAUCAAGAAGUCUCAGAAUGUUGGCAAGACUAAUUGUUUUAGUGUGAAUUUUAAAGUAGUUUCCAAGAAAUGUUUUUUUUUUUUUGUGUGUGUGAAAUGUAAUCUUGACAUUCAUUGACCAUAUUGUCUAGUUGACUGAUUGUUGGUUUUGCACAUAAUGCAAAAAAAUUAAUAAAUAGAUUUUUUUAAAAAAAUCACACAUGCACCAGGUAAAUUACAGGAAAAUCAUUGAGAUGCCUUUACUGGUAAAUGUACCAAAUGUGCUGUUCACACAUACCAUCAAUAAGAAAAUAUAUUGGUAAUGAUACAACUUUGCACUAAGAAAAUUGCCAGAGCAAAAUUGACCAUUGAUGGCAGCACUGGCUCAGCGGUUAAGGCUCUAGGUUACUAACCAGAAGGUCAGGGGUUCAAGCCCCAACACCGCCACGACACCACUGUUGGGCCCUUGAGCAAGGCCCUUGACCCUAAAAUAUCCAGCGGCGCCAUAUCAUGAUGACCCUGCACUCUGACCCCAGACCAUAUAUAUGCAGAAAUCUAUGUAUAAAUGUGUGACAAUAAAUUAAUUAAUUAAAAGGGUGUUGUAUUCACACUAGGGCUGUAGAUUUAAUGCAAAAUUAACACAAAUAAUCGCAAUGCCCCCGGACCGUAAUAAGGAAGAAUCCUGAGAAAUGCAAGCUUGUAGUACCACCUGUUUACUCCAGAGGGCAGUAAAUGACAUUUCAGCUGUAUGGGCAAUGCGCAGUUUAUACAGUGAAGAAAAAAAACAUACAGCAGACAGAACAACACAAACAUGCGUUACGUUCUUGCGUUCAAAACACUUGAUGGAGCACAAAUUCGAAUUAAGGGAUCUCAAGAUGUGUUCUAAGUAUUAAACUAUAUUUAACAUGACACAGUGUUCUAAAAAUUUUAUGUUUAUGACACAACGCACCCGAGACGCUACACAAACAUGUCUGAUGCAGGUUGCGAUUAUUUGUGCGAUUAAAUGCUAUUAAUUGUAAUUAGUUAAUCGGGACACCCUGUCAUUAAUUCGAUUAAAAAGUUGUAAUCGAAUGACAGCCCUAGUUCACACAUGACUUCUAAACUGGAAACUGUAGUUAAUUUUCUGGAAAGGGUUACAUGUGUGAACAGUAUUAUAGACUCAUUUCUAUAAAGGUACGAACACACCACCAAUGCUCAGCGUCAACAUUCAGCAGUGCCACAGAUUGCAAACUUGCAUAGUUUUCCAGCAUUAUAGUCGACCCAAAUCAUUAUGAAUGGACAAAGAUUAUUUACUCCAGUCAUCACUGUAUGAUCUAUUUUGAACAUGUAUAUUUCAUAGAGCCUGCACAAUGUAUUUUCAGAUAAAAUAUGUCAUUUUGUGGUUUGACAGCUUCAC